AUGGCCCACCAUCUAAAAUACCCAGAUAUUGGGUCGUGGGGAAUAGAUGAUGCGUUGUCAACCACAUCGUCGGCUACAAAAUAUAACUCCCCUUAUAUACAUGGACCAGGAGGCGUUUCUGGCUACUUCCCCCCUCAUCAAAAACAUGAUUUCAAGUACUAUUUCCACCGCUACAACCAAGUAGAUGUCUCACCAUCAACAGAAUUGUUUUCACGAUUUAUCAAAAAGUAUUUGUCCACUCAUAAUUUGACAGGAGAAUUUUGGGAGCGGUUCAAAUACCAAUUGAUCUUGUCGAACUUAAUGGAUGAUUCGUUGAUCCUAUCUAAAAAUGAACAAGCUUUGAACACUUUAAUGGCAAAUACGAAAGAACCAACCGCAACAAGGCUUACCAGACUGCUUAACUUUGAUGGAACUGAGCUCUUUGUUGUCAAAAAGUAUUACCUGAUUCGGUUCCCUGAAAAGUAUUAUAAUACCCAGAUGGUCCUUCAAGUGAUCCACCUAAUCAUCUUCUUGAUCAAACAAAGCUUGAAGGAAGAUUCCCAUUUGCUGUCGCAUAGCAAGCAUAAAUUAUUCCGAAUACUUCUUGUUGUCAGCACUCGUAUGAUUCAAUUUAAACGUAUUGGAUUACGAAUAAAAGCAAACAAAAUACUCAACUAUACCGAAGAAUUCUUGAAGCUCAACUACAAGAUCAACAAAAAACUAAUAUCCCACAUGAUACGAGCAAAAGAGAUGGCCAUUUUCACCGGAACGAGUUUGUCUUCAAGUGGCUCCAAUGAUCCCACAAGUCUAAUGAAAACCCUAGAUGAGACCCUUUCCUUUCUAAUUUUCAAUUUGAAAUCAUCAAUUGUACGCCUACUACCGUUUUUGAAUGGACCUACUUUUGAGCAGUAUUGCCACAUCAAUAACAUAAACAUCGACAUCCUCGGUAAAAGCUUAGAUGAAACUGAACUUACCAUUGAUACGCUACGUUCAAAACUUGACAAAUUUCACAAGUUGAGAAAGAUGUUUCUUUGCCAAUUACUCACCAUCAGUGAACGCCAGAGCUAUAAUUUUUUCUUGAGCAAAGCAUGGGACCUGUUCAAUCUACCACAAGCCGAGACUCGGGAGCUUUGCUCAACCCCGAUUUCGGUUCUUGAAAAGUUCAUUAUCUUAGAAGACAUUUUCCACGAACACAACCAAACUGUGUCAAACUUCAACAACCUUGUUGACAGAUACGAACGGUUAAACCCAAGUGCAACAAAAACUAGAGAACUAGAGAACAGUGACGUACUUCAAGUUGAUAAUCAUCAAACUGGCAUACCUGAAACUAAUAUGGACAGUUUGAUACAAAAACUCACCAAUUUGACAACAAAUUUCGGAUUCUUUAAAAAGUACAACCAAUCUGUGUCUACGAUAGAUAACAUCGAUGAGCUAAAUGAAAAAAUAAUGAUCUUUCAGCAACUUGGAGAAGAACUUCAGCAAAGUAUGCAGCUAUACCAAUUGACUCUUAGCGACUUAAAUCAUGAUCUAUACAUGAAAACAGGCUAUGGUGAUAUUGAAAAGACACCCUCGUCUUCAACUUCAACUUCCAGGCGAAGCUCUCGAAAUUGUGAAGAGUUUAGCCCCAAGACAUUCCACACAACCAGCAGCUCUUUGAAGAAGCGAUUUUCUCUUCCAAGCCAAGCCACGGGAAAGCCUAAUCAAUCACCAACAAUCGAUUCGCAGUCAUCUUCUCUCAAGAGUAAGGUGGGCGAUAAGCUUGAUAAAAAGUACAAAAGAUUAUCAACAGGGUUACAGUUGGGAUUACUCACCGUUUUCGAAGAGCCCAAUAAGGCUUCAAGUUUUUCUGUAAACAGAAACAAUAGAGCUGCAUACGACGACAAUUAUAUCAAUAUCUUACCUUCAAACAAUUACUAUGAAGGCUACAACCAAGCUGCAUUGGAGUCAUUAUCAAACCUGCGAGUUAGGAACUCCAGGCUGUCAAUAAAUCGGUUCUCUCUCAAUUCGUUAGCAUCAAAUGUUAGCAGCUUGUCUGAUUUGGUUUCUUCGACUCAAAUCACCAGCUUUGCCGACGAUGAUGACAAUAAGAAAUCAACUGGCUUAUCGAAGGAAGAUCUACGAAACAAACUCGAAGAGAGUUUUGCCCGAAUCUACAAUCUCGAGAACGAAAACAAGACACUUAAGGAGACUAGUCAAUCGAAUGACUCAGACAAGCUUGAUGCUGCGGAAGUCACCGCUCAGUCAUUUUCCCCAUCUUUUUUGGGAGAACUUGAAAACACAAUCACUCAAAAGAUAUCGACCGAAGAUCAGCUGGUUUGA